UCCGAGGAGGUCCCACCGGCCGGCCCCUGCCCUCAGCCUUCCCCUCACUCUUAACUUUAGUAGCGUCCGGCGGCCAGGAGUUGCGUGGCUUAACUCUGCGCCGUGGAAAGAACCGUCUCCCGGUUGCUCUGAGCAAAGCCCCCGGCAGAUUCACUCCGUUCCCCGUCAGCUUUGCGUCAGAAGAAGGAGCAGACAGUCCCCCGUACGCCGUCCCGUUUUUCUCCUAAUCGUACACAUCUCUUCCCUGCCCCUUCUCGCUCGUCUGUUUUCCAGGCGGAAGCAACAGGCUAGCUGUUUCCCAGUCCUCAAGGGCUGAGAUAGUUUUAAGUGGGAACUUGCAUGUCACAGAUGUAUGCAGCUGAAGAAACUGGUGGAUGAGAAUAGAAAUGCUCUUCAUGAUUUGAAAAAAGCUGAUGAGCCUGCACCUGUGGGGAAUUACAAUCUGAGGAAAGAAGAAGAAGAAAAGCUAUUGCUAAAACUCUCUCAGCAGCUGCAGAAACUUGUUCUUGUCUUGGAUCAGGAUAACGUGACUACAAAUUAUGCAGCGGAUGAAGAAUAUCAGAAAGAUCCUCAAACAGAAGAUGAAAAUGAAGAGGAUGAGAGUGAAGAUGAAGAAAGUAGUGAGGAGGAAGAUAGUGAAGAAGCAGAUGAUGAUGAUGAGGAUAAAUUGUUGGAUGAUCCAAAUGUUAAAAAAUGUAUUGCAGUGGGAAACUUUAAUGCACAGCAGGAAGGGGACCUCACAUUUACGAAAGGUGAAGUCCUACUUAUACAUGACAAGAAGGUGGAUGGCUGGUGGGUAGCCGAAAACUCAAAAGGGGAGAGAGGCCUCGUUCCUAGAACCUACCUUGUGGUCCAUAAUGAAGAUGGCGAAAGCCAAGAGCAAAUUGAAGAACACAUAGAAGUGGUGGAUGAAACAGCAGAUGGAACCGAAAUUAAAAAAAGAACAGAUUCUCACUGGAGUGCUGUAAGAAGAGCUAUCACAGAGAAUGACACAGUAGAGGUACUGGCAACGAUAGGAGCAGUUCCUGCAGGAUUCCGCCUAUCCACACUUUUCCAGCUCUUAGAGGAAGGCUAUCAGUUUCGAGCAAGUUACUUUUUGCAGCCUGAACUUACUCCAUCACAGUUGGCUUUCAAAGACUUAGUGUGGAACUCUGAAAAAAAUACUAUCUAUCCUAGACCAACUCGAGUAUCCCUGAUUGUGACUUUAUGUAGCUGUAAAAUGAUUCCUCUCCCAGGAGUCAGUAUACAGGUUCUCAGUAGACAUGUUCGACUCUGUCUAUUCAAUGGCAAUCGGGUGCUGAGUAACAUUCACACAGUGAGAGCUACAUGGCAACCUAAAAAUCCUCAAACGUGGACCUUUUCUCCAAGGGUAACGGGCAUUUUACCCAGCUUGCUCGAUGGUGACUGUUUUGUCAGAUCCAACUCUGUGUCUUCAGACAUUGGUAUAUUAUUUGAACUUGGCAUCACUUAUAUUCGCAAUUCAACAGGUGAAAGAGGAGAGCUAAGCUGUGGCUGGGCAUUCCUGAAGCUUUUUAGUUCUAAUGGAAUGCCUGUUCCUUCCAAGAUGUAUGAGCUGCUAUUAAAUGGUGGUACUCCCUAUGAAAGAGGCGUUGAAGUUGACCCAUCAAUAUCAAGAAGAGCAGGCAGUGGUGUUUUUCAUCAGUUUAUAACACUCAAGAAACAGCCUGUGCUUGUAGUGAAACUGAGGUCAUUAUGUGCACGGUCAAAAGACAUCCUGAAUUUGCUACCAGAAACAUUAAUUGGCAGUAUGUGCUACAUCCAUCUCUUGAUAUUUUAUCGACAAAUACUUGGUGAUGUACUCUUGAAAGACAGAAUAAGCAUGCAAAGCACAGAUUUAAUCUGUAAUCCUAUUUUAACAACUUUCCCUCAACUCAUGGAUCAACCAGACCUGAUGGAUGCACUUCGGAGCGCUUGGGCAGAUAGAGAAAGAACAUUGAAGAGAUCUGAGAAGAGAGAUGGAGAAUUUCUGAAGUCUCUGUUUGUCCUGGUGUACCACGACUCUGUCUUCCCUCUCCUCCAGUCCACUUUCCUCCCUGACUACAAGUGGGCUGAAGAAGAGUCUGAAGCAUCUCGCUGGAAGGCCAUUGCUGACUUUUUGAAAAAGAGCCGAGAGAAUGAUGGUGCACUUCAGUAUUUGCUGUCACCAGAAAACACUCACAGAGCCUUUGAUAUCUCAGAGCUGGCUUACGAUUUCUUAGAAGUGAGGAAAAACAAUCCUGGGGUAUGAAUGGAUUAUAGAAAACAAUACGGGCUAUGUAAGAAUGGGGUAACAAUAUAAAUAAAUUCUUACAAAGAAGAAACUGUGUACUAUCUGAAUUGUAAUGAAUAUUUUAACAUAUUUAACAUUUUGAGAGACUAAAAUUAUUUUAUCAGUUUAACUAAUGUAAAUUGUAUUUUAAAUUUUGCCCUUUGCAAUGUUAGACAAGGCUAUGGUUGUCUGUUGCUAAGUGUACCUGUUGUAGCCACAUCGAGUGUCCUAUUUUGCCUAAGCUGAGCAAAUGCUGAGGCAGCACUUUUCUCCUCUCAUGCAGCUUCCAAUUAAUUUACAGUUUUGUUUUAAUCAGGGUGAACAAAAGACUCUUUUUCACAGUACCCCAGUCGAUGAGUAACAGGCAAGGAAAAUAGCUAUGACCUUUAAGAAUGCUGCUGAGCAAGGUCAGCCAGGUUAGGGAAAAAACUCAUCUCUUGUCCAAUCAGUGGACAGCAGGUUGCUCUGUAUUUAGACUGUUUUACUGUUUUUCUUUCCCACUCAGGAAAAGGUUGGGUUAUUCAUAGGAAUGUGCUUUACCCACCUAAUACAAAUAAAAGCUGGCGAGAAUUCAGGGCAUGCUGUGUUUCCCCUGCACAUGGUCGUGCCAUACGGUAGUUCCCUCUGUGAUGACUUUCUAGGGCAGGCUAAGGAGCUGCGGGGUACUCCUCAGGUGGACCAGGAUGUUAAAGGCUUCUUUCCCCUGAGCAGUUUGUAACCACAGGCUGUAUGUGCUGCCUGCUCCCAGGGGCAAGUUAUUCAUCCAAUUUCUCUUUUGUGCUGGAGUGUCUGGAUGCUUUCCACAUGCUGAUGGGUAUGUUGCCACCGUGUCCCACGAGGCAGGCAGGCACUGAGUCACGUGUGGAUUUAAGUCUGAGCCAGGCACUAGUUUUGUCUGGUAUGAAAUGUUGUUUUAAAGCCGGAUCUUUCAAAGACCACAGCACGCUGCAUGGAGCCCGAAGCCAGCUCCCACUGACAGCAUUUGUAAACUGGAGCCUCCAGAAAUGCCACAAAGCGCUUCCCCCUGGCCUAGGAGGGGCUCGGACAAUAAGAAACAGCAUGGAUUUGAUCUUUGCUCUGUAUUGUGCAAGAGCUUGUCAUAGACUCUAAAUUCUUCAGGCAUCGCAUCCUAACAGAGAGAUGAUAUUUUACUAGGAUGUUGUCCUCCUGCUGUAGCGUGUUGUCUAAGUUAGUGGAGUCAUUCUGUCCUCUCUAGGCCAUGAGGCAGAUUCCACCUUCAGCCUUUCAUCCCACCAGUUAUUGGUGAGUUAUGAGGUGAGGCAGAGUCCACUGGAGGAAAUGGCAUGUGCUUGUUGAAUCCAACAGGUAGAAAUGAAAGCUGUCCCAGUAGCUGUCCUUCAGACCCUUCUGGGCACUUAGGAGCACACAGGCAAACCCUGUCUUUUACCAGUGUGUUGAGUUGUCUGUAAAAAUGUUCGGCUGCAAGUUUUUGAAGGCUGGACGUGCCCGGUGGGUGUGGGGGAAUCUGAUGUGAACACGGAGCAGAAACUUGAACAGAAAGGGGAGGAGGCAACAAUAGUAGAAGCAAAAAUAUUUCAGGCUUGAAAGAGUGCCAAGGACAAAAAUUGAUUGCAGGAAAUGUUUUUGCCCUGGUGUGGUGUAGGAUUUUUUUCUCUCCCCUC